GAGGACUGUGGGAGCGGCUUCCUUGGAUUCCGCGCUUGGCAACGGCUCGGCGUCGCGCUUUGGCCAACCGCUGCGUCGUCCCUGGGCCCGACUAACUGUCGCCCGCUUCCCUCAGCGUGAGGUAAAGCACUUCAAAUUGCCUGAUGAAAGUUGAAUCAGGAAUGAAGAUAAAAGUACACAACAGAAUGCAGAAAGCGGUACUUAGCCUCACAAAGAUGGAAACAUUCCAAAAACGUGAAAAACUGCAGUAGGCUUCUUGGAAGUAGACCAAGGGUGUCCAAUCUUUGGCUUCCCUGGGCCACAUCGGAAGAAGAAUUGUCUUGGGCCACACAUGAAAUUCACAAACACUAAGUAUUAUGAAUAAAGCUGUGACAGAAAAGAAAGGUUUAAUUUGAAGAAUGAGACUCUCCUCUAAAUUACCAGGUCCAGAGAGGCAUGGGAGUGAAACAGCAGUCACAUCUCCUUUACCUUCUUGGGCUAAGUACAAAUGAUGCAAAAUGUGCACCUGGCUCCGGAGACAGAUGAAGAUGAUCUUUAUUCCGGCUAUAAUGACUACAAUCCAAUCUAUGAUAUCGAGGAAUUGGAGAAUGAUGCAGCUUUUCAGCAAGCUGUGAGGACUAGUCAUGGCAGAAGACCUCCAAUAACUGCUAAAAUAUCAAGCACGGCAGUUACUAGACCUAUAGCUACUGGAUAUGGGUCCAAGACAUCUCUGGCAUCAUCAAUAGGAAGACCAAUGACAGGGGCUAUUCAGGAUGGAGUUACUAGACCCAUGACAGCAGUGAGAGCAGCUGGUUUUACCAAAGCAGCUUUGAGAGGCUCUGCAUUUGACCCCCUUAGUCAGUCAAGGGGCCCUGCUUCCCCUUUGGAAGCCAAGAAAAAAGAUAGCCCAGAGGAAAAAAUAAAGCAAUUAGAGAAGGAAGUAAAUGAGUUGGUAGAAGAAAGCUGUAUUGCCAAUAGUUGUGGAGACUUAAAAUUGGCCUUAGAAAAGGCAAAAGAUGCAGGAAGAAAAGAGAGAGUCCUGGUAAGACAGCGAGAACAAGUUACAACUCCAGAAAAUAUCAAUUUGGAUUUAACUUACUCAGUUCUGUUCAAUUUGGCCAGUCAGUAUUCAGUUAAUGAAAUGUAUGCCGAAGCACUUAACACUUAUCAAGUUAUAGUGAAAAAUAAGAUGUUUAGCAAUGCAGGAAUAUUGAAAAUGAAUAUGGGAAAUAUCUAUUUAAAGCAAAGAAAUUAUUCCAAAGCCAUUAAAUUCUACCGAAUGGCAUUAGACCAAGUUCCAAGUGUCAAUAAGCAAAUGAGGAUUAAAAUAAUGCAGAAUAUUGGAGUUACAUUUAUUCAGGCUGGUCAGUAUUCAGAUGCUAUUAAUUCAUAUGAGCACAUAAUGAGCAUGGCACCAAAUCUGAAGGCAGGCUACAACCUAACUAUCUGUUAUUUUGCUGUUGGAGACCGAGAAAAAAUGAAGAAGGCAUUCCAAAAAUUGAUUACUGUUCCAUUAGAAAUUGAUGAAGAUAAAUAUAUUUCACCAAGUGAUGAUCCUCAUACUAACUUAGUAACUGAAGCUAUAAAAAAUGAUCACCUCAGGCAAAUGGAACGUGAAAGGAAAGCCAUGGCAGAAAAAUAUAUUAUGACAUCUGCAAAACUCAUUGCUCCUGUAAUUGAAACAUCUUUUGCUGCAGGUUAUGAUUGGUGCGUGGAAGUGGUGAAAGCUUCUCAAUAUGUAGAGCUAGCCAAUGAUCUGGAAAUAAACAAAGCAGUUACAUACUUGAGACAAAAAGACUAUAACCAAGCCGUAGAGAUCUUAAAAGUGUUGGAAAAAAAGGACAGUAGAGUGAAAAGUGCAGCUGCAACCAAUCUCUCAGCCCUGUAUUAUAUGGGAAAGGAUUUUGCACAAGCCAGCAGCUAUGCAGAUAUAGCUGUGAACUCUGAUAGAUAUAAUCCAGCAGCUCUUACUAAUAAAGGGAAUACAGUUUUUGCAAAUGGUGAUUAUGAGAAGGCCGCUGAAUUCUAUAAAGAGGCUCUAAGAAAUGAUUCUUCUUGUACUGAAGCACUUUAUAAUAUUGGCCUUACCUAUGAGAAACUAAAUCGGCUAGAUGAGGCCUUGGACUGUUUCCUGAAACUUCACGCAAUCCUACGAAACAGUGCCGAAGUUCUUUACCAGAUAGCAAAUAUAUAUGAAUUAAUGGAAAAUCCCAGUCAAGCUAUUGAAUGGCUAAUGCAGGUGGUCAGUGUUAUUCCAACCGAUCCUCAAGUUUUAUCUAAGCUAGGAGAAUUGUAUGAUCGUGAAGGAGAUAAAUCUCAAGCAUUUCAAUAUUACUAUGAGUCAUAUAGGUAUUUUCCUUGUAAUAUUGAAGUCAUUGAGUGGCUUGGAGCCUAUUACAUUGACACCCAAUUUUGGGAAAAAGCUAUUCAGUACUUUGAAAGAGCUUCUCUUAUACAGCCUACACAAGUGAAAUGGCAGCUGAUGGUAGCUAGUUGUUUCAGAAGAAGUGGUAACUACCAAAAAGCAUUAGAUACUUAUAAAGAUACUCACAGAAAAUUUCCAGAAAAUGUCGAAUGUCUGCGUUUCUUAGUUCGUCUCUGCACAGAUCUUGGAUUAAAAGAUGCUCAAGAAUAUGCCAGAAAACUGAAGAGGUUGGAAAAAAUGAAAGAAAUAAGGGAACAGUCAGCCAGUCUUCUUAACAACCCUUAACUACGUAACAAGUAACUGCUCCUUGUUCCAUAGAACCGAAACCCAAUUCUUAAGAAGUAAAUGCGUAGUAUGGUGGACAGAACCCCGUACUUUUUUCCUGACAUGACCAUUGGUCAACCGUGUGAUCUGGAAUGGAUGUUUACCUUUCUGGACUUCAUUCUUAUCAGCUGUAAAAUGAGGAUAGCGUUCUAGCUUUGAACUUCUCAAACUAUCUGUGGUGAAAUUAUUUUUUGCCAGUCUGUCACUGACAUUACUAGAAAAAUGAUCCUGCACUUGGAUGUCAGCAGGGUCCGACAUCCAGCAACAUUUUGAUGCUGUGCAAGUUUGUAAGCACUUGCCCUCUGUUCAUCUCAUUGAGGACAGGUGGCAGUUUGUGGGCCAUCAGUGGUUUCCAGACCCCACUCUGGGUGGCCCAUCCUGGAUAACCCAUAGGACCCACCAGCUCAUAAUGGUUCUUCCAGUCCCCGGAAGAGUAGCAUGCGAGUUUAUGGUCACAGAUUCAUAAUAAAGAGUAGGUUUAAAGGGAAAAAAUGUUUAUUUUCUCUCUUCCAGCAUUUAUUCACUUAAUUUGUUCAGUUAUUUUAUUUGUGGCUACUUUGCUCCUCUAUUCUGUGCCUUCUCUCAUUUUUUUUCCAGAGUGGGAAUGACAUAAUAUUUUUUCCAGGUUAGGAAUCCCAUCUUUUUUCCCUAUUAUGAAAACAAUAAAUGUUCUUUUAAAAA